UUAUUUUCAUUUUGUUUUUUCCGUAGUGAUUUCGAGGUGGGUUUGUAUUUUUGUUCGAUAUUAUUGGAGAUUAUUGUAGUUUUACCUUGUUUCCUAAACAAUUCUAUGGUGUUUUUUUAUAUUCCAAACAUUUAAAAUUCGAUUUUUUCCUCUUGUUUGAUGUCGGGGUUUAUAAAUUUCAGGUCUAUUUGUUGAUUAGUUUAUAAAAAAGGGAGCUUUUCAGGAAGACUCAUCAGGCUAUGGCGGCAGUUGAGAAGGUUCCGAAUCAAGAUGCGGCGGCGGCUGCGGUAGCAACGAACGAUCAGGAUCAGUCAAAGCAAAACCAUUUGCGGUCAAAAAUCGAUCCGAGCUUACACCAGAGCGAUCAGGGGUUGUACAAUGAGAUCGGUGGUCCUUAUGCUCGAUCCAACGGUGGGGAUUUUCAGGGGAGCAAUGGUGGUAGCGGGGAUGAAGUUGGGGAUAGCUUCAAGAGGGACAUGAGAGAGUUGCAAGAACUCUUCUCUAAACUUAACCCCAUGGCUGAGGAGUUCGUGCCUCAUUCAGUUGCCAACCAUGGAAUUAAUGGAGAGCUUUUCAUUAACAACUCCGUUCUGCAAAACAAUAACAUACCAAGUAACGGCAAUGCUGGUGGAAGGCGGAAGAAACAAUUCGGUCAAGGGAAACGUCGACUGAACACCAGGACAAGUAUGGCCCAAAGGGAAGAGGUUAUCCGCAGGACUGUUUAUGUGUCUGAUAUUGAUCAACAGGUCACUGAAGAGCAACUUGCUGGUUUAUUUGUGAACUGUGGACAGGUGGUUGACUGCCGCAUAUGUGGUGAUCCUAAUUCUGUACUUCGUUUUGCCUUUGUUGAGUUCACUGACGAAGAAGGUGCACAAGCAGCUCUGAGUCUGGCAGGGACUAUGCUUGGAUUCUACCCAGUUAAAGUUCUGCCCUCAAAAACAGCUAUUGCACCUGUUAACCCAACAUUUUUGCCUAGGAAUGAAGAUGAACGCCAGAUGUGUGCAAGAACUAUCUACUGUACAAACAUUGACAAGAAGGUUACUCAAGAUGAUGUUAGACUCUUUUUUGAAACAGUCUGCGGAGAGGUUUAUCGCCUAAGGUUGUUAGGGGACUAUAACCAUUCAACUCGUAUUGCUUUUGUUGAAUUUGUAAUGGCUGAAAGUGCAAUUGCUGCUCUCAACUGUAGUGGUGUGGUUCUGGGAUCCUUGCCCAUAAGGGUAAGCCCAUCGAAGACCCCUGUUCGGCCACGCACUCCUCGCCUUCCAAUGCACUGAAUAAUCUUGGUGUUCAGAAAUUAAUUUAGUACCAGUUUAU